ACAAGCAAUCAUCAAUUAGAUAAUGACAAAUAGAAAAAUCCUCAUUAAUUAGAACGUUCACAUACAUUUGGUACUUGUAUAAAUACCAAGCCUAUGCAACAAAUGAAAAUAGCAACUUAUAACAAAAUUUAAUAUUCAGAAUUCUUGUUUCUUAGCAUUCAACCACUAUGAAAUCAGUUCCAAUUGAUUUCUUCACCAUAUGGCUGAUUUCUAUGGCUAUAGGCACAAUCGCCCAGCCUGAGGUGCUAGACACCACCGGGCAGCAUGUCCAAACUGACGUGGAAUACUACAUAUUGCCUGGAAUUACCGGUGUUGCUGGUGCUUUAACCCUAAUUGAUCGCAACAACUCAUGCCCAUUGUACGUUGGUCAAGAUCCGAUCACUGUCAAAAUAACGGAGCGUCUUCCAGUUAAAUUCAAGCCCUACGCAGACGGAGAGACAAUGAUCAAAGAGUCUACGGACUUGAACGUUACAUUUCAAGCAUUUACUAUUUGUAUUCAAUCCACUGCUUGGAGAGUUGGAGAAAUCGGAAGACGAUUUAUUUUGACUGCAGGACGGCCAGAUUAUUUUAAGAUUGAAAAUAAUGGAAGAGGUGAUUAUAAUUUUGUAUAUUGCCCAACUGAAUCUUGCCCUAAUUGCAAGCCAAGAUGUGGGUCUGUUGGUAUUUUUAUUGAGAAUGGUAAGAGAUUGUUGGUAUUGGAUGGUCCUGCAUUUCCUUUCCGAUUUGAACGGGUUAAUUAAUUAAUUCUACAUGUAAAUGUCAAAAGAAGGUAAAGGUUUGGCAAUUGAAUUAUAAAUAUUGUAAUGGAAAAUAAAGGCAUGAUAUGGAAAUCUUGCAUGAUGAAUUAGUUGUGUUAAUUAAUUGUACUCUAGCUAUAUGUAAUUUGUAAACCUUCUUUUCAUUUGUCAUAUAUAUGAAAAAAAAAAAACAUGUAUUUAAUAAAUUUUAGAAUGAAUAUAUAUAUAUAUAUAUAUAAUUUU